AUGCCCACUGAGAAUGGGAGCUCUAAUGAUGAUGACGAUGAAUUAAUUUCUGAGACCGAUGUUUAUUUGAAUCGUACAUUAGCCGAACAAUUAUAUGUCUUUCAAUUUCCAAUACGUCCCCAUUAUCGUCCGUAUGAAGAUAAUUCAUUUUCUGGUGCAAGAAUCAAGAAAAAAUAUCAAAUGUUUGAAAUGGAUUCGUUAAUUAACGUUAAUCAAGCUAAUUAUUUUAAAUCAAGAGGACGACAAUUUGCAGCGUUUACAGAAUCAUCAAACAAUAAAGAAAAUACUAACAACAACAAACAACGCUAUUUUCAUAGCGAUUACAUGGACAAACAAAUUUUAUCAACUAAUAAUAUGACAUCUGAUGAUACUAACUGUCGGUACUGUGUUGGUCUAUUUGAAAACAAUUGUUUAUAUUUAUGCCCAGUAAAAGCUAUAUUGCAACUGCGUCCACAGUAUACAUAUUUAGAUAGUACAGCAACAACAGGUGUAGGGGAUCCAAGAUCGAAAGGUUAUAAUCUAGAUGAAAGGACAGCUAGCGAUGGAGAACAUUCUGAAAAUAGUGAAGAUGAAGAAAAACCAACAACAACAAGUUUAAUAACAAUGAAAUUUGCCAAAAAAGAAAGUGAUUAUCAUAAAAAGAAACGUUUACAGUCGUACGAUUAUUAUAGACAAUUACGAGAUGAUGAACGAUGGGAAGAUCUUGUUUGUUUAAUGAAUCAAAGAUCAACAGAUUCAAAUCGACUUAGAAAAUCGCUCAUAUCAUGA